AUGCAAAUCCUCCAACUUCUCGCCUCUGCCGCGCUCCUCGCGGGCUCUGUCCAGGCCCAUGUGCGCCUCACCGCUCUCAACGAUGUCACUUCAAACGACAUCAUCUGCAACGUCGACGGUGCCACUCCCGCCGCCUCAGUCCUUGACGUCGUCGCGGGCUCCAACGUAACCGUAACAUGGGACACCGGUGCCCACCAGGGCCCCGAGCUCGUCUACAUGGCCAAAGUUGCCGAUGCCAAAACAACGACCAUCACUGGCCUGUCAUGGUUCAAGAUCUACCAGGCCGGCUUGGUGGGCAGUGACUUGCACUGGGCAUCUGCAGACGUGAACGCAGCCGGAGGACUGUUGGAGUUCACGAUCCCGAAAAGUAUUGCGAGUGGGCAGUAUCUUCUCAGGGGUGAGACGAUUGGGCUGCAUGUGGCCAGCACGUAUCCGGGAGCACAGUUUUACAUGUCUUGUGUGCAGAUUAACGUCACCGGCGGUGGAAGCGCGUCCCCCGCGGGUGUGUCCUUCCCGGGUGCGUACGUCGGCUCCGACCCCGGAAUCACCAUCAACAUCUACUACCCCGUCCUCACCAGCUACACUCCUCCCGGCCCGGAGGUCUACUCUGGAUAA